GUUCGAUACUCUGCCGCGCCAAUUCAAGCCCAAACCGCGGGAAAUGUUUGGAGAACUCGUUAUAGUCCAACAAGGCCUAGAGGAAUACUAGGCUAGCAUAUGAAUGGUUUGUUGUGUAUAUAAGGUCUACAAUUAGUACUGUAACUAUGGCCCAGAGAUCUAUUAUGUCAUUUUUCGGUUCAAGUGGGAUGAAGAAGACUUCUACUGGCACUGAAAAAAAGAGAGAAAGGUCACCACUGAAAGUGAAGAACAAAUCCCCAGAUAAAUCGCCCAUCACAGAGCAACCAAAGAAAAAGAUGCGCCGGAUCCUGGACAGUGAUGAAGAGGAAGAGGAAGAGAAUGUUGGCAAACAAGUUAGAGAAGAAAAGGAAUUGAGCAAGCAGGAAGAUAAGGAAGGCAAACAGGAGGAUGAGGAAGCAGGAAAACACAAGGAUAAAUGUGAAAAAAUAUGUGCAGAAAAGAAGGCAGAAGGAAGCAAGAAAGAAAAAAUGGAAACAAAUACUGAUGGCGAACAUUCUUCGAAAAUAGGACAACAAUCACCGUCAGAAAACAAAAAAUUUGCAUCUCCCUCAUCAGUGAAUGGAACACCUGGAACUUCAUCACCAGAAUAUACACCAACUAUUUCACCUGGGAGUAUUCCACUUAGAAAAACAGCACGGAAACACAUGCGAAAGCGAACUUUAAACCCUCCAGAAACACAUAACAGCACCCCUGACGAUGUUGAAAAGCCAUCAAAUGAAGUAAAAGAAGAAAUAAAAGAAGAAAUAAAAGAAGAAAGAAAGGAAUCGGAUAAUAGUGUUCCAGAAACUUCUAUGCCAAAGUCACCAACAAUUAAAAAGGAGAUUGUAGACAAGUGUAGUAAAAGUGAUGAAAAUGAUAGUGAAGAAGAUCAAGUGGAGAAGAAAAAAGCCAAGGUGCAAAAGAAGUCAAAGAAAGACACCCCAUCGUCAAAAGGAAGAAUGGUAAAACUACCAGAGAACAUAAAAGCAGAGAUUAGAGAUGUGAAGACUCCAAAAGGAAAAAAGAAAUUGUCUAGUAAUGAAAGUCAAAAGUCCAUAGCUGAACAGGAAGAUGAAGAAGAAACUGCAAAUGACAGUCAAGAAGAGAAGUCAACAAAAGCAAAGAAAAGAAAGAGAAAGCAAAUUAUAGAAAGUGAUGAUGAUGAGGAGGAAGAAGAAAAACUAGAUGUUGACAAGGAAAUGAAAACUUCUCCAAAGGUGAAGAAAGAAGUUGAGAAAAGUCCUGUACAUCCAUUCUUUUCCACAAAGACACCAAAAAGAGAGUUGGCAGACAAACAGAAAGAUAACAAAGAUGACACGCCUGUAAAAACAAAGAAAGAGAUAAGUACACCAGCCAAACCUGUCGGAGCAGGAGACUCAAGUGAUAAGAAAGUUACUGAUGUUAAUUACAACCCCGGGAAGAGCAACUAUAACCCAAUUCUAGAUGCUUGCUGGAAGCAAAAUGAAAAAGUACCAUACCUAGCCUUAGCCCGAACAUUUGAACAGAUUGAAGCCACGACAAAGCGUUUGAAAACCAUUGAGAUUCUAUGCAACUUCCUACGAUCGGUCAUUGCCCUCACUCCGGAAGAUCUUGUUAAGUGCAUCUACCUCUGCUUGAAUAAGCUUGCACCAGCUUAUGAAGGCCUAGAACUUGGCAUGGGAGAAACUAUACUUAUGAGAGCUAUAGGCCAAGCUACAGGCCGCAGUGUUGAUAAAAUGAAGGCAGAAGUAGCUGAGAAAGGGGACCUUGGGAUUGUUGCUGAGACCAGCCGCUCAACACAGAAAAUGAUGUUUGCACCGCCGAAGCUGACAAUUCAGGGAGUUUUCGCAAAAUUACGAGAAAUUGCAGCAAUGACUGGCAAUGCUUCUCAAAAUAGAAAAACUGAGAAAGUAAAGGGAAUGUUUGUAGCCUGUCGCCACUCUGAAGCAAGAUAUCUCAUAAGGUCAUUGACUGGUAAACUGAGGAUUGGUCUGGCUGAACAGUCUGUCUUGGUUGCUCUUGGCAACGCUGUUGUCCUAACUCCACCUGGCCAAGAUAUUGAUGUAAAACAACAAACUACAAUCUCCGACACCAUGCGAAAGAAGAUGGAAGAGGGAGCCUUAAUCAUCAAGACUACUUAUUGUGAACUCCCAAACUAUGACAAGAUCAUUCCCACAUUAUUGGAACAUGGCCUAGAGGAGCUACCUAAGCAUUGUAAAUUGACACCUGGAACCCCAUUGAAGCCCAUGUUAGCCCAUCCGACCAAGGGAAUAUCGGAGGUGUUGAACCGAUUUGAGAAUAUGACGUUUACAUGCGAGUACAAGUAUGAUGGUGAACGAGCACAGAUCCAUCUCCUGGAAAACGGAGAGGUUCACAUAUACAGUCGGAACCAGGAGAACAACACCUCCAAGUAUCCUGACAUCAUUGAGAGGAUCCCAGGCAUCUUGACCGAAGGUGUCACGUCUUGUGUGAUAGACUCGGAAGCUGUGGCAUGGGACAAAGAGAAGAAGGACAUCCUUCCCUUCCAGGUCCUUAGCACCAGGAAGAGGAAGGAUGCAGAUAUGUCACAGAUCAAAGUUCAAGUGUGUGUUUAUGCAUUUGACCUUCUGUACUUGAAUGGACAGUCACUUGUCAAGGAACCAUUUCGCAGACGACGAGAGCUCCUACACUCUUCCUGUAAGGAAGUGGAAGGGCAGUUUGUUUUUGCCAAGUCCAUGGUGUCGACUGAGACAGAGGACAUUCAAGAAUUUCUUGAUGAGUCCAUUAAAGGCAACUGCGAAGGCCUAAUGGUCAAAACAUUAGACGAGGAAGCUACAUAUGAAAUUGCAAAACGGUCUCAUAAUUGGUUGAAGCUCAAAAAAGAUUAUUUAGAUGGUGUUGGCGAUACUUUAGAUCUGGUGGUGAUUGGUGGUUACCGAGGCAAAGGAAAACGCACCGGAACAUAUGGAGGAUUCCUUCUGGCUUGUUACGACGACGAGAAUGAAGAAUUUCAGUCUAUAUGCAAGAUUGGCACAGGUUUUAAAGAUGAAGACCUUGACAAGCACACAAAGUUCUUAACCGAUCACCUAAUCGACAAACCAAAGGCGUACUACCGCUAUGAUACAAGCCACGAGCCAGAUCACUGGUUUGACGCUGUCCAAGUCUGGGAGGUGAAGGCGGCAGAUUUAUCCAUAUCCCCUACGCAUCGUGCCGCAAUGGGCAUCGUUGAUCCAAGUAAAGGAAUAUCUUUGCGCUUUCCACGUUUCUUGAGGAUACGAGAGGAUAAGAGAGCAGACGAAGCAACAAAUGCUUCACAGGUUGCUGAGUUGUAUAAUAAUCAAGACCAGGUGAAGAACCAAAAGGCCAGUACUACUAAGGCAAAUCCUGAUGACUUCUAUUGAUAACAUUGAUUAUACCUCUCCUUUUGUUUAUAUAUUUGUUGGAAAAAUACACCUGUUUCAAUGAAUGUUAAUUCUGAUUACCGUAUUUAUUUGAAUAAAUUCCCCCUAUAAAAGCCUCAUUUGGAAUAAACACCUCCCUCAAAUAUACGCCCAGAGACGUUUAUUCUUAAAAUAAACGCCCCUCAAAUGCAUGUAAACAAAUCUUGUAGAAGCAUUGUCAUUUUCAAUAUAUUCUAAUAAUGUUCUACUCCAGUAGAUUUACAUUUCUUCUAAACUGGUUGGGAUCAAUAAGUCUUUAUGAUCAUGCAAUAACACAUUUUGAUGUUCAUUGUCUGGAGUUCAACAUUUACAGUAAAAUUAAGGGGCAUUUAUUUGAGUACAUUUUAUGCCAAAAAUAUAUUCCUCCCUCAAAGAAAUACCCUCUCAAAAACUCUUCUCAACAAUUUACCCCUGGGGCGUCUAUUGAAAUAUUUGCAUCGGUGUCAACAUCGUCAUCUGUGUAUAAUUUAAAUUAUCAACCAGUAAAUCAUCAAUAAAAAUAUAUUUAAAAAAUACCAGAAGCUAAAUUUUCAGUUGGAGUCGUGUUACACAUUGCAUGUGUAAUUUUGGAGAAUAGCAUAAAUGUACGGGUUUUUGUUUUUCGUUGAAGACUUGAAUUUUAUAAAACUACUGAAAUUUAACAAAUCGUUAUAUUAGGUUGUCAAUAUUAAAUUAGCAUAGUACACACUUAUGUUUUUUAUCAGU